AUGUUCUUCGUCAAGCGGUCGCUGAGCCACGUGCGGAAGCUGCACAUUGAUGACUUGUCCGCGAAGAAGAUUACGGCCAGGACGGUGCGCUGCGGCGGCAUUGCAAGAAAGUGCCCGUGCUGGUCUCGCUGGCUCUUCUUCUUUAUGACGGUAGGCGUGGUCUCAGGAUUCGGGAUCGCCGUGGUGCUGUCCACGUGCCCCGAUGCGGGAGAUGCCACGCUGUGGAAAGGGGAAGACUGCGAGAUGAAGGCGCCAGACCCAAAGGUCGAAUUUGGCGUCCUUUUUGUCCUCUGGCCUCUUGGCGGCGCCAUGGACGCUGCUGCAUGUCUUGACAUCUUGAGCCGCGCGGCUCAUACGGGUUCCCAUCAGAAUGGCGGCGGCAAAGCGUGCCGCCGUGGAGGCGCACCUCAAAGCACCGAGGGAGGUUAUCCCGCCGCACAGACUGAGCAGAGUGGUCAGGCGCACUCGUGCUGCGGCGCAAACCCGCAGGCCGCCGUGGGCUCGCAGGGCUUGGGCCAGGUGUUGGAUUUGGAGACAGGCGCAAAUGAAACACUUGGACCGGAGUUGACAGAGGAAGCGAUCCUUCAGCGAUUCCCAAAGCUGCGCGCUCCGGAGACUCCGGAGGACACCGCCCCAAGGAGUGAUCCAGGGGCGGAGAUGGACGUCGAGAAGACGUUCGAUGGAAACAUGGCCGCGCAGAUGGUCCUGGCAGCAGUUGCGCUACAAGAGGAGCGCGUGGCGGUCUACAAAGACUACGACGCAGCCUUCAAGUAUCUCCUCCAGGCGGAGGGGCAGAAGGCUACUCGCGCCUUGGCGUGGCUCUACCCCUUUGUGGUGCGUUGUGCCACGGUCCGCUUCCAGGCCGUUUCCCAGGGAGUUCGUUCGGUGGCCAGGGAUCUCGAGACCAGGUCAGAGACAAGCCGCAAGCCGCUCGCGACACAGGUAGAUGAGGCCUCCCAAUCGCUACGUGCUUUGCAAAGGAUGGAGGCCGAACGGCUUCAGUUGGUGGCCGCACACCAUGCAGAUCAGGGACGCCAGCUCUUGAGCCAGGAAGGCCUAGAAGAAGCCACGGCCAAGACCAUCUCCGAGGUCAAGAAGCGCCUUGGGCGGCUUUCGCAGGACAUUGAUGAACUCGUGAGUGAGCUUCGGUACACGGCUGCUGACAUGAGGCCCUAG